GUUCAACCAUGACGGUGGCUCAGAGUACAUCAACAUUCGAAUCUCUACUGAGGUAUCGAUUGUUGCCUUUAUUUCAUUUCAGAACAAUAGCAUCGUUCUGGUUUAAAAGCGAACCAUGAACUGCAUUUUCUUGCCCCCACUUUUUAUUUUCUACUGGCAGUAACUCGUUCAGUUCAUUGGCAUCAUGGUCAAUGGCAGUGCCGCUGUCAGCGAACACAUUAGUACUCUAGGCAUCAGGGUCAGGGAUGUCCCCUUAUGGAUCACUUGGGAUGUGGAGAAUUACAAGAAAUGUGAAGCCGAUGGAAUGCUACAGUGGCUCCUCUGUGGCUUCGAUGAGCGUCCCAGCAGUGAGAAGUCGAAAUUGCUUCAAGAUUCUCUUACAGCUGUCCUGGACAUCUGCAACAACACUCCAGAAAUCACGGAUAACUUGACUGAAUUUGCCAAUUGCGCCACAGAGCCAAGUUCGUACCCGUCCUUUGUGCGUGCGGCCAAUGCCGCACUCCUCAAACUGAGGAGCUUGGAAGUCUCCGGACUACCUGCUUCCCCGCAAAACAACGAUAUGGACAUCUUGUUCUAUCAUAAUGACAAGGACAGGACACGAGUGCACCAAGGCGCAAAGUCUAUGCGCAAGCCGGACGUUGUUCUCGUCUCUCGGAAAGCGGUGAAGGCUGCGGUGAAGGGUAGAGAGGCUAAGGGUAAGGGCCAGGCUAGUAUGGGUAACGACGGCGAGGAUCAAAACCAAGAUAUCGAAGUGUUUUACAUGAACAAAGCGGCGAAGAAGCUUCACGGCAACUUCAAAUGGAUCGAUGUUCGAUCGACCGUGGAGUUCAAACGCAGCUCCACUCUGGAUCCUCCAGUAUUGCCUUACCAAGUGACAAAAUACGCUCCCUUUAAUCCAAGGCUCAAGUAUCUGAACCUUUGGAAUGCAACGGAAAACCUUGACCCAACAGCUGCGACUCUUGCGCCUGCCGCCGCUUCUACUCGAAGCUCGAACAUGCCAUCGGAUGAACCGCAGGGUACGCGUACGUCCGAGCAGCUGAAAGCAAAAUCAGAUAGCAAACGUAAAUCUGAUGAGUUGGACUUCAACGAACCUGCUUGCAAGCGCCAGAAGAAAACCGAUGAGAACUCCACGGACCAGAAGGAAAUCACAGAGGAGCCCGAAAAGAUUCAUCCAAACAUCCAGAAUGGUUUGUAUGCUGCGGUGUUAUUCACUGCCAACAUCGCGCUGCAGUGCGUCAUAUCUUAUGUAGUGAACAAUGAUAUCAUCUACAUCUGGUAUUUUAAUCGAGAAAAUGCCAUUCAAUGCGCCGGCAUCAACUUUAUCAAGGAUCUUCCCCGGUUCCUUGUGUUACUGCUUGCUAUGCAGCGCAUGGGAGACGAGCAAUGGGGCCAUAAUCCGAAAUUUACCCACGUUCCUGGAGUUUCUUGCGACGUCGUCGUUGGAGAUGUCAACCUCAAAUUGGACCUGAAGUCUGACACACGCAUGACUCACUUCGGUCUGCACGGUCACGCAACUAAUGUCUUUUCUGUCCAAAGCAAGUAUCUUUCGGACAAAAAGAAGAGAGAUGUUUGUGGUAACGAUUCUAAGGAACUGGUCGCCAAGCUCUAUUGGCCAGAAGAGCGACGUCAGAGCGAGGACGAGAUACUUCAAAACGUGUAUAGCAUUGCGAGCAAGGAAUCAACAGUGAAGGGCCACAUCCCGGACAUGGUCUGGUUCCACAAGUUUGACGAGACGUCCACGACCAAAAUCAGGAGGUCGCUAGGAAUUCAAGACGCUGACGCUGAAGGGGGCAGUCGCAUUUUGUAUAUCGUUAUGUUCAGGAAGCUUAUCCCAAUCACGUCGCUGAGUGGAGACGAAUUUCUCAGCGCAUGGUGGCAAGUUGCGCUAUGUCAUUACACACUCUGGAAGCACAAUGUCCAUCACCGCGACAUCAGUCCUAACAAUCUUAUGGUCUACGGGCUGAACGGCCAAUGGGUCGGGGUCCUCAAGGACUACGACUUAUCAUUGAUCAAACCCGAUGGGCCCAGCGGGAAGGAGUGCACAGGAACAGUUCCAUUCAUGGCACUCGACCUGCUCCAGAAAAAGGGCCUCGAAGGCAAAGUCAUGCACAAGUACCGGCACGAUGCUGAAUCCCUCGUCUGGGUCCUUGUCUGGACUGCUCGAUGACUGGCUAAAAGUGGAUGCUAAUGGAUGCAGGAAGGAAAAAGCAGUAUUUAUGACAUUAGUGCUGCCGUGGUCCGGUUCGGUUUUUUUGCGGUCUGAACUUGAACCGAACCGAAAUUUUUUCU